CUGAGCAUUUAUGGGGAAGGGCAGAAGGAACAUUGAAUUCUUCCCUUCCAAUUUCUGGGAGGGAAACUGGCAGAAUUUCACAGAGUUUCUUUCCCCUCUCAGGAAGGUGGACAUGAACGGAUGUGAGCUGGUGGGAAAGCAGCAGCUGUUGGCAGCAGACGAGAGGGCGAAGUUGGCUGAAGAGAAGACACAACUGUACAAGCUAAGGCUUGAAGAAUGUCACGGGCAAAUGCGGGAAGCAGAGAUCACUUGGAGACACCAGGUUGCUCUUGCCGAGAAGAAGGCCCAAGACAGCUUGCUCAGGGCUCAGGAGCUGGAGAGGGAAAACUCUGAGCUAAGAAGGGAAAAUUCUCAGCUCAGAAGAGAAAAUUCUCAGCUCAGAAGGGAAAAUUCUGAGCUGAGGAGGGAAGACGAUGAGUUGCAAAGGGAAGUUGCCCACCUGAAACAGAGAUUGGAUGCAACCUGCAGACGGAGGCAGGUAGAGGAAUACAUGAGGCAGGAGCCCACCCCAGGAGGACCACACAGGCUGCACCCUCCCCUGAGAGCUUCAGGGCCUGGUGGCGCCCCAGUGAGGAAUGGCCCCGCCUUCCCAGCUCAGGAGGCAGAGGAAACCCAGGUAAAUAAUUUUUUCCAGUUGUGUUCCAGUGGUCAUUUUGUGUUGAAAUUAUCUGUGGAACUACCAUUUUCCUUUCGAACAACCCUUUCCUGGCCUUGUCUAUGGAUUGUGUAUUCCGGGAUACAUACGCCCUGUGAUCACAGUGACGUGUGGCGACAGUGUUUUGUCCCCAAGGCCUCUUGUGCAGCCUGGGCCGCAGGCAGGCCCCGGGGCAGGUGGAGUGCGUGGCGCCUAGCUGCCGCCUGGGCACCCAGUGCAGGGGAGGGUGCCCGGUACUGACUGCUGCUGAGUUCGGUUUCAGCUUUUGUCGGUGUUGGUCCUUUGGUCUAUCAUUCAACACACCUCUCCCUUCUGUUGCACAGGUCACUGUGGAGGCUAGAGAGCCCCCUCCUUUCGCAGGACCAGCUCGCGUGGCCAGCCCCAUUAGCUGCCCAGUGCCACCCUUCUGGGGCUAUUGGCCACCUCCACCUGGACCAGUCCCGUGGCCUCUGGGGCCUCAGCCACAGCCACCAAUGUCUCCACUUGGUAAGAUGAGAGCAUGUGUUUCUCUUCCCUUGUUGAGUCUUGCAGAACAAGGGGAGAUCUCACUCCGGGGCUUUGCAGUGCCUGGGGAAGCCUGGCUGGAGACAUGGUGACGUUCGUCUACUUUCUUAGCACGCACGUUUGAUGGACCGUGUCACUUCCCCACCCUCACCUGGGAAGCAGGUCUCUUGUAGUGAGGGAAAAAAAGAGCUUUUUGACAGAAGGCAGAAAUGUCAGACCUCCACUUAGGCCUCCAGCAGAGAGCACGUACUAGGCUCUGGGAGCGAUGAGGCCCGGCUCAGUGUUCUGUCCGGCCGGUCUGAGCCCUGACCUCCCGCAGUCGAUGAUUCAUGGCGGAAACACCUGUACCGGGGGCCCGUGGUCUCUUCCUCAAGGGCCCGGAGCCCAGCCUC